CUUCGCACAACCGGUGGUAGAGAAAUCAGUGUAGUUUUCACUUUCUUGGAAUAAAAAUAAAAAUAUUUAAUAGUGUGCGAGAGUUCCAUAACGUUUUUUAGUAUUUAUAUUACGUGUACUUAGCGAAUUUUAUACUAUUAACGCAAUAAUUUCACUUGAUUUGUUGCAACACAAACUUAUUGGAGGCAAAAGAGUGGACGGUCUACGUUUGGAGAACACCACGAAAAGUACGAAGAGAACUACAUUUGAGCUUUCCUGCGUGGUUGUUUGUUUGGUGGCAGCUUUAAAAUAUCGAUUAGCAAAAUGGCAGACGAAGAUUUAUCGCUGAACGAAGAUCAACUACUGGACAAUCUCGAUGAGGCAAAUGGCGAGCACGAAGCAGAACUAAUGAACGAAAACGAGGAGGAAGCCAAUAUGCAAAUCGAUCCUGAACUGGAAGCAAUAAAGGCGCGAGUUAAGGAAAUGGAGGAGGAAGCCGAAAAAAUUAAACAAAUGCAAUCUGAAGUGGAUAAACAAAUGGCUGGUUCUACAACAGGAUUGGCCACAGUGCCAUUAUCUUUAGAAGAAAAACAAGAAAUUGAUACACGUUCAGUAUACGUGGGCAAUGUUGAUUAUGGAGCUUCGGCUGAGGAGUUAGAAUCACAUUUUCAUGGUUGCGGAACCAUAAACCGUGUGACCAUACUAUGCAAUAAAGCUGAUGGUCACCCUAAAGGCUUCGCCUAUAUUGAGUUUGGUUCAAAGGAAUUUGUUGAGACAGCAUUGGCAAUGAACGAGACACUUUUUAGGGGUCGUCAAAUUAAGGUGAUGUCUAAACGCACUAAUCGCCCAGGAUUGUCUACGACAAAUCGUUUCGCACGCGGCAGUUUCCGUGGACGAGGUGCACGUGUAUCACGCGCCUGUUGCCACUCAUCCUUCCGUGGUUCACGUCGUCCAAUAAGGGGUUAUCGCGGACGUGCAAAUUACUAUGCACCUUACUGAUUAAUGUUUUACUCUUACUUUUAAGGUAAGUCAACAUAUUAUAGUUUUUCUUUGUCACAACUCAGUUGCCAUUGGCUUUAAAAUUCAUCAUUCACAAAUUUCUAGACACAUUUACAAAUAUGAUAUUAUAUUAUAUUAAUUGAGUUUUAAUCAGAUUGUUCAUUAACACAAAAACAUUCCGAUAGGUAUUUUGCAAGCAAUUAGUACGUAGAUAUUAAAAAAAAAAUGUUUAGUUUCGUUAUUGAUUUUCAAAUGACUUGUUUUCGAUCACGUUUAAGAGGAAAUACUCACUGUUUCAUGUUAUGUUUGGAUUCAAGAGAUUUUUUCAUUUUUACUGAUAUUGUUUGUUGCGAGUUUUCCUAAAAUUUUCAUAUAAUCUUAAUUCUAAGGUACAUUUACAGUAAUUUUCUUUUAAUUUUUUUAAAUGCUAACUUUGAAUGAAGUAGUAACGCUUUAGGUUCAAAAGUAUAGUACAUUUCGUUAUAUAUUUUUAGUUUUAUUUAUACACAACCAAGGGCACGUGUUUAUAUAUAAUGUGAUGUUAAACUCGAGUCACGAAAUUCCCUCUAUUCCAUUAAACCAUCAUCUUAAAAAAGCUAAAAUUACCGACCACCUGUUAUAUCCUGUGAUACCCCGUUCAUUUUAAACACAUUUUAUAAUCCAACUAAUUUGAUUUCAGAUUUUUUUUUUUACAAUAUAUAAAAUGAUUUCAAAAAACAUUAUAUAUAAAAGCCGUUCGUUACCAAACUUCUAAAAAAAUGAUGUCAUAAAUAUUUAAUGAUUAAAUAGAGAGCAUCACAAUAAAAAAGUGAAAGCAGAAAGGAAAAAAUAAAAAAGAAAAUAUUAAAAAGGACCAAAAUGCUUAAAAAAGCGAAAAAUGAGCAAGAAUAAAAUAUUGAAGAUGCUCUUAAAUAAAGAAAGCAAAGAUACAACGAGAAAUAAAUAAAUAUAUAAAAAAAAUUAAAAGAUGGAUUUCCGUUAUUAUGGUUAAUUGGUUAUAAUGUUUUUUGAACUGCAACACACCAACAUACCUGUUUAUAAAUAGUUUUAUUUUCCGAACUAUAAAAAAAAACAAGAAGCUCUUAAAGAAAUGAAAAAUGGCUAAAGAGAGAAAAUAUUAUAACUUAUAUAUAUAAUAUAUAUAUAUAUAUAUAUAUAUUCAAAAGAAGCAGUUAAACAAGAAAUAUAAAAAAACAUAAAAUAAAUAAAACAAACAAAAGACGAAAAGAUGAAAACUCCACAUUGCGAAAAGAUGUUAAAAAAAUGAAAAUAUAAAAAAGGCCACAAAGAAAUCAUACAAGAUGAACAAAGAAGAUAAGUUAAAAAAGAAGAACACAUCUUAAAAAACAUCAACAUUAUCCAAAAAAUUAGAGAACCUAAAAAAUAAAAAUGGCUGGCAGCAAUAAAUGCGGACGAAAAUAAUAUAGCGUAAAAAAUGAAGGAAAUAACGCACGCAAAUUAAAAAUAUAUUAAAAAAAUAUUAUAAUAAAAUUUAGUUCUAAAUGAAAACAAAAAAAAAAAAAAAUUGAUGAAAAUAAAACUAAGAAAAAAAAUAUGUAAAUGUGUUUUUAAUGGCAGAUCACUUAGAGAGUUUCUUUAUAUUUUUUAUAAUUUUGUGUCUAAAUUUUAAAUAUUUAUAAUAAUUAGAACAUAAGAAUUCUCUUGUGUACGUAAUGCAUAACCACUUUUAAGGUGGAUGAAAUGUAAAUAUGUUGUAGGUGAAUAACUAAAGCUAAGGGAAGUAUUCCACUAAAUGUUUGGAUCUUAUCCGGCGUUUUGGAAAAUAUUAUUUGUAUACAAUUACUCUGGCUCGACAAGUGGGUGUCGUUUGACGUUAAGAAAAUCCACAUUUUUGUCGAUCUUGAGGUUCUUCAACUGCGUUUCGGGUGUUCGAACGAAUGAGAUGAGAGUCUCACGUUUUUUUUUUCAAUAACAGGGUUAGAUCGCCGAAAGGGCAGCCCUUGACCGGAUAAAAUCCGGGUCAACUCCGGUGCGUAGAACCGGCUGCUGUGGGAGUUGUGGGAGUCUCACGUCGUUAUCCUUGUUUGAUUCACCUUGACUAAUAUGUCUUAGCUUAAUAUGCCAUCUAUAAUUACCUUCCGAAGCCGUUUUCAUGACAGUCGGUUCUACGUAACGGGAACGGACUCGGAUUUUUAACCGGCCAAAUCGGUAGCAUUCCUCAAAAUUAUUUGGGAAAUGUUUUAUGCCGCUACAUCAACAAUAACAGCAACAACCUCCCGUAGUUACCAAUAUAAUUCACCAACGAAGGUUUGGCGCAGCGACAAGGCUGUGAUUUAGCCACCAAGCGGGAAGUGGUUUCACCGACAACGUACUUAACUAUAUAUGUAUGUGUUUUCCGCUAAGUUUUAUUAUAUUUAAAUGGUUUGUAAGUAAAUUAUUCGAACUAGACAUUACUAAAGUGCUCGUUAAGGAUUGUUUUCUCUCACUACAACAACAACAAGGAUAAACAAAUAAGUAAACUAGAUUGAAUAGCACCGAGCUCCAUGCAAAGUUGAAAACUUCAAAACCCUCAGGUAAAGGAUAAAAGCUUAAAUUAUCAACAUAACAAUAUGCAGUGCUGGGCCGACUUGCGUUCUCCACUACGGAAAAGUAUGUAAUAGUAUAUUUGAAGGGUUAAUGUUAUUAAACCACUUGAACGGACGCACAUUGGGUAGCAGCUUAACAAGAAUGUUCCAUUCUGAAAUCGAUUUCGCUGGUGGCCCCAUGAUAUCCAAAGAAUCAUGUUACUAUUCCAAAAUGAACCCCUAAUUAGAUAUUAAGGUUCGAAAAAGCGCAGUGAAACUACUACAAAUCUGCAGUUGUUUUUUUUUUUUUUACUUCUAAAUCGGCUAAUUCGCGAGGAUGUUCAAAAAAUUGAGAUCCAAAGAAUUUUAGUAUAUAUCUCACAUAGGCGGGCCAUUACAUAAGGAAGUGUUGAGAUGAUUCCACCGCGUCUUCUUUUAGGAAACUUCUGCAGCUAUAAAUUUUUUAAUGGGACAAUGACCCCUACAACUAGGAAGUAUUACUGAGCGCAAAGACCUCCCUCGAUAUCUUACGAUUUUCCACGGGUCAGAAGUACUGAUUGUCCUGUAGAAUAUCACAAUAAGAUAGUUAGUGAGUGCUCUUACUUGUUCCGAUUCCAAUGUCAGUAAUACGGACAUCUGUAGACUAAUAAUUUCCUGGGACUCCACUAUGGCAAGGCAUCCAAAUUAGUUUAAACGUAAAGAUCUAAUUGGCAGCGACUGAAAGUGAGCGUAGACAUUUUUUUACCAGCAUCGAGUGCAUAGUCAGCGAGUAGACUAGUAGACUGAAUUGUCAUUACUCUGAAGGAUGCUACGCUUCGAAGCAGUAGCACUUACACUUUAAAAAUGCUUAAACAGUCUGGAAGACCUUUCGAUAUUUCACAGGACUAUAUUUUUGCUACAGUUUCUAAAAUAUGCGAAAAUAUACUAAAAUACGGAAGGAAACCAAAACCCUCUCAUUCCACGAACCAAUAAUAAUAGUAGAAAAUAUCCUCUUGCACAUUGUAAUUCAUUUCAUUUUUAUUCGUGAAAAUCAAUUAACAUCGAACGAAUGAAGCGUAAAUACAUAAAUGUGUGAACGAAAAAAUAAAUUGUAAUUGUUAAAUGCGAAAAUAACAGGACGUUUCCAGAUGAUUCAACCGUACUAUUGCAAAUGCAUAUUCUAUCAAUAUUCAUAUUUAAUACAUAAAUGAGUCUGAAUGUUGACUAUUCAUUUCAGUUGCUUACCGCCGGCGCGCGACUUCUCUUACAUGAUUUACCUGACUUUAUUAUGAUUGAGUGUUGCAGUUACUGCUGUUGUUUAUAUUUUAUUUAAUCGCUUAUUGCAGUUGUUGUUGUUGAUGUGUUACUGGUGAUGAUGUUGUUGUUGGUGGUAGUGUGAUGAUGGUGUUGUUGUUCUUGUCGUUCUCUCGAUUGGCACCGGCUGCACGCUCACUUCUCGUCAUCUGUGAAUGCAUUUAAUUCUUCUUGAGGCUUUCCUGCACCAGCGGUAAAUUCUUACUGAUGAAACACUUGAAUCCAC